UAUAAACUAAUGUUUGUCUGUGAAAACUUAAGCGCAAAGACCAAUACCGUUGUUUAAGUUAGUACAUGGCCAAGCUUAUGUAGAACAAUACAUGCUUUGUUUCUAGCUCAGACAAACAAAAAAGCCGAUGGGAUAAGAUUUAUAAAUCAGCCCAGACGUUCAUUGGCCAGUAUUAAUCGAGUUGUGGACAGCGGUGGUUCAGUAGGAAUAGAGAAAACUAAAAUCGCUAAAAAGGAGUACAAAAUCAACCGUCAAACCAUCAAAAAUGAAGACAUUUAUUUGCUUACUAGCUCUCGUUGCACUGGUAGUCCCUGGUCAGGCGACUUUUGGUAAAUUAGCGCUGCUCUCGGGUAUAGGCGGCGAAGGCGGUGGAAAUUAUGGUCCUGGCUAUGGACCUGGUUAUGGUGCUGGUUACGGUGGUGGCUAUGGUUAUGGCAGAAGCUAUGGAUAUGGCGGCGGCUAUGGUGGCUACGGCAUUACACCAUAUUCCAACAGUGGCGAGAAUGUAGUCAAAGUGAUUAAAGUGUCUGUGUUGCCCGGCGGUGGUUACAAUACUGGUGGCUAUGGUGGUUACAAUACUGCUGGCUAUGGUUACGGUGGUGGCGUUUAUAAUGGCGGUUACGCGAGUGGCGGUGUAGCUUAUCCUUCUGUAUCCACAUCAGCGGUUGUAACACCUGUUGUGACAGCUGUCUCGACGCCUGUACCAGCUCCAAUCCCCUAUGGAGCUACUUAUGGCAAUGGCUAUGGUUAUGGCGGUGGUGUAGGUCUUGGAUAUGGCGGUGUUGUUGGUGGCGGUGGUGCAAUUGGCGGCGCUGGCAUUGGUGGUUUGGGUGCUUUGGGUCCAGGUGGUUGGUGUUAAGUGAAAAAUGCGAUAUGUAACUGUAAUUUUAUUGAAGGCUAUGAUUUUGAAAAUGUAUAUAUGUUUGUAAUUAUAACGGUUUGUUCAGUAUUAAAUCGAGGAAAAUUAACAUUGUUGAUUUUGAAAUAAAUGAAUUAAAUCUA